AUGGCCCAACAAAUGGAUUUGUCGGGCAAAGACAUCAAAGUUAAAUACGCUGAGGCACCUGUGGGGGAGUUGAGGUACAAGAAACCCGUUCCAAUUGCUCCGUGGUCUGGCGUAAAAGACGCCACGAAGCAUGGAAGGGAAUUUCCGAGUGGAAAGAAUUUUCACGAAAUUUCCGAUGAGGAGAGGUUCAGUCCCGACCUUGAGGAUUGCCUGAGUCUCUGUGUCUAUUCGACGGAUCUCACAGCAUCACACCCUGUGAUGGUUUUCAUACACGGUGGGGGAUUCUUCAAUGGAUCUUCUAGGCAGAGCCCGCCGAAUUACCUCCUAGAGAAGGAUAUUGUUCUCGUUGUUCCCCAGUACCGUAUUGGACCGCUUGGCUUCCUUUCCACAAUGUCUGAGGAAAUUCCUGGGAAUGCGGGGAUUUUGGACGUAAUCUUGGCACUUGAAUGGGUGCAGAAGAAUAUUGAGCACUUUGGUGGUGAUCCAAAAGCUGUUACGCUAUUUGGACAAUCAGCAGGUGGUGCUGUUGUAUCAGCCCUAUCCUUUAGUGAUAUCGUUCGUGAGGAUCUCUUCUCACGCGUCAUCAUCCAAUCUGUGUCAGCUUUUAGCCCUUUUGUCUUCUGUGAGGAUCCCGUAAAGAGUGCAAGAGACAUUGCAACAAAAAGUGGUUGCCCAAAGGAAGCUUCCCUUGAAGAAAUCAAUGAAUUCUUCAUGAAGAUUGAUCCCAAGACACUCAUUUAUGCUUUCUUGAAGCAUGUACAGUAUGAAACACCAAAUGGGAUUGGAAAAAUUGGUGGAAGUCGACUAACUCUCGGUGGGCCGUCUAAAGUCUUCAGCGAAACCCCCUUCAACAUUGUACGACGAGGAGGAGGACGAAAGGAUCUAGCUCUGAUGGCAGGUGUAACAAAGAAUGACUAUACGUACGUCAUGUUGAUUGAUCUAACAAACAGAGCCUUAGCUUCUGAUGAGCAGAGUGGGAUGCUCUCAGCUUAUACUGUUAUGCAACUCCUUGACAUUGAAGCCUUAAAGGCAGGUGACUUCUACAGCAUGAUUGAGGGAAUUUGUGAUCAUGCUGGUUCACUAACUCAAAAAGCACCCCUUUUGCGUGAAGUUCAGUACCACCUGCAACGCUCAGAGCUUCCUUUAUUCCUCUAUAGUUUUGACUACAAAGGACAACAUACACGCUUCAACUACGGACCGGAUCCAUCGAAGUAUCCUUUUGAGAGUGGCGUAGCUCACACAGAUGAUCUCAUCUAUCUGUUUCCAUGGCCUGAGAAGGUGGCAAAACUCAAUGAAGAGGAUACAAAGAUUGCCCAACUUAUGGUUGAUCUGUGGACAUCAUUUGCAACAACAGGCAUCCCUGCAUCACCGCUGCUUGGCAGCUGGCCUGCCAUGCGCCACAUUGCUGGACCCUAUCUUAAAAUAAAUAAGGAAUGCACAAUCGCUGAAAACUUCUACGAUGAAUUUAAAGUUAAUUCUCAGGAGAAAAAGGAUAAAACUGAGGUAGAUCAACUCCAGAAGACAGAAACAACAAAGUUGUAA